UUUUCUGUUUCCUGGAGUCUUUCUUUGAAAGGGUGUUUUUCAUUUUUUUUCAUGUGCUUGUGUCUUUAUUUUUCUUCAGUAGUAUCUAUGCAUAGGUUCCAUUUAGAUCCUUUUUGCUUAGUACUAAUUCUGAAUGGAGGAGUUCUGUCAGGGAUUGCUAUUUACCAGAGCACAAUUCAGGUAGAUUUUCACUGACCUCAUUUGACUUUGAUAUUGUUAUAUUCUAUCUUUAGCAUGUGAUGUUAUGUUAUGUCCUUAGCACCUGAGUUAGAGGGUUGGCUAUUGUUAUAGUUUAUAACCUACUUAGACUAUGGCUUCUUCAAGAGAGACAGUUGUGAAUUUUAAUUUGUGUUACAUUUCUUAUGGUUCUUUUAUCAGCAAACUUUUCUAUUGAGGCCGAUGACUUUUUAUCCUUAAGACAUAUGCAGAUCUAUGCAGAGGGGCUCCCUUCUCAGAUUUGAGUUAUUUCUUUCCCUCUGUCGCAGACAAGCAGGUUAUUCCGGCUAAAAACUGUGCUCUUGCAGAGUUCUGUGUUGCUCAGGUUUUUGGUUUGGUCGUCAGUGUUUUGUUUAUCUCUGUCUGUUUACUUUGGUCCACACUUGCACAGCUGAUUUCCUAGGUUUGAAGAAAAUGAAGAUUCAUGACCAUUUUUUAGUCUAUUCUUCGUUGUGGGAAAAGCCUCUUAAUGUAGUAGGAUGUUCCUUAGUCGUCUCAAAGCCUACCACCUCCCCUGCUCAUGUGAAAGGUUGAUGACAGGGCACUAGAGAACUGUUUUCCUAAUUUUUAAAUAAAUCUGUUCCAUGACUAAUAUUAGCAAAGAUGGAUGUGAGCUCUAGGCAUUUACUGCAAUAGGCUUACAAGAAACUUUAUGAGCUUUAAAUUAAAUGAUGUAAAUAAGUCUUAGUACAGUACUUGGCACGUAGCAAGUAUUUAAUAAAUGGUAGUUUUAUUACUGUUUGUUUAUUGUCAGCUCCAAGAGCAUGUAGGUUUCAUGAGGGCAGGGAGCUUGUCUGUCUUGUUUAUUGUCACGUCACCAGUUCCGAGAACGGUACCUGACAUACAGAAGACGUUUAGGAAUUGUUGAAUGAAUGAAUGAAUGAAUGAUCAGGAGGUUUAGGUUUCUUGUUGUAGGAGGGCACAUGAGGGUAGAUAACUCUGAGCCAGUACCAAUAGCUUUUGCCACCUUCUCAUUUAUAUGUCUCUGUGUGCAGGGACAGCCAUUGUAGAGGGUGCUGAUGGAUACCUAUGGGGUCGGCUAUGUUGCCCUGGGGGACGCCGGCCCCGUGGGGAACAUGACUGUAGUAGAAUCCCCUGGACAAGAGGUGCUAAACCAACUUGAUGUCAAGACCACUUCAGAAACAACCAGAACAGAAGCUUCCAUAGAGAUGUCUUUACCUACGCCUUUGUCUGGAUUUGAGGAUUCUCUUGAUGAGAAAAAGUUCCUUCCAGACCCAGAAAGCCUUUCUAGACUGGAACAGCAAGGUCUUUCUUCAGAGAUGUCAAAGCCCAGGGCCUCAAAGCCUGGCCGGAAGAGGGGUGGCAGGACACGGAAGGGCCCCAGAGAGCCCCAACAACCUAAUCCUCCAACAGCCCCUCUGGUUCCUGGUCACUUAGAGCAAGCCAACCCUCUGUCUGCUCCCAUGCCUAAGAAACGAGGCCGAAAGCCCAAGGCAGAGCUGCUGCUGCUGAAGCUCUCAAAAGGCCUAGAUCAGCCGGAGUCUCCACCUCCGAAGAGACCCCCUGAGGACUUUGAGACCCCACCUGGGGAACGACCCCGCCGAAGGGCUGCCCAAGUGGCACUUCUGUAUCUUCAGGAACUGGCUGAAGAGCUCUCAACAGCCCUGCCCGCUCCAGUGUCCUGUCCUGAGAGCCCCAAGGUGAGCAGCCCCACCAAACCAAAGAAACCCGGGCAACUGGCAGCCUGCCAAGGUGGAGAAGAAGAGGCUGACACUGCACAAGAUGAAGACUUCGUGCUGAAGGUCGAGGCUGAAGAUGGAGAAGAAAGUGAGGCCCCAAGUGAGAGCUCAUCUGAACCUGAGCCUGUCGUGCCCCGAAGCAUCCCGCGUGGACCCACUUCAGGGAAGCAGAAGCCACACUGCCGGGGCAUGGCUCCCAAUGGCCUACCAAAUCACGUCAUGGCUCCUGUUUGGAAGUGCCUGCAUAUGACCAAGGACCUCCGAGAACAGAAGCAUUCAUACUGGGAGUUUGCAGAAUGGAUUCCUAUAGCCUGGAAGUGGCACUUGUUAUCUGAGCUUGAGGCAGCUCCCUACCUGCCCCAGGAGGAGAAGUCUCCACUGUUUUCUGUACAACGUGAAGGACUUCCAGAAGAUGGCACACUCUAUCGAAUAAACAGAUUUAGUUCGAUCACAGCACACCCAGAGCGCUGGGAUGUGUCCUUCUUCACAGGGGGACCUGUCUGGGCUCUGGACUGGUGCCCAGUGCCAGAGGGGGCAACAGCCUCGCAGUAUGUGGCCCUUUUCUCCAGCCCUGACAUGAAUGAGACACAUUCACUGAGCCAGCUUCAUUCGGGCCCUGGGCUGCUCCAGCUCUGGGGCCUCGGGACCUUACAGCACGAAAGCUGUCCUGGCAACAGGGCUCACUUUGUCUAUGGGAUCGCUUCUGACCACGGCUGUGUCUGGGACCUGAGGUUCUGCCCCAGUGGAGCAUGGGAACUUCCAGGCACCCCUCGGCAGGCUCCUCUCCUGCCCCGGCUGGGUCUCUUGGCUCUGGCCUGCUCAGACGGGAAGGUGCUGCUGUUCAGUCUGCCUCAUCCUGAGGCCCUGCUGGCACAUCAGCCCCCGGAUGCAGUGAAGCCCUCCAUCUAUAAGGUACAAUCUGUGGCAACCCUUCAGGUGGGGUCUAUGCAUAUGUCAGACCCCUCCGAGUGUGGUCAGUGCCUUAGCCUGGCCUGGAUGCCCACCCGGCCCCACUACCACCUGGCUGCUGGAUACUAUAAUGGAAUGGUGGUUUUCUGGAACCUUCUCACCAACUCGCCCCUGCAGCGGAUACAGCUCCCUGACGGCUCCAUGAAGGUCUACCCCUUCCAGUGUUUCCUAGCCCACGACCAGGCUGUGCGCAGUCUUCAGUGGUGCAAAGCCAACAGUCAUUUCAUAGCGUCUGCAGGGAGUGACCGCAAAAUCAAAUUCUGGGACCUUCGACGAACUUACGAACCAAUAAACUCUAUCAAGCGCUUCUUGAGUACAGAGCUGGCCUGGCUGCCCUCCUACAAUGGUGUCACUGUGGCUCAGGACAACUGCUAUGCCUCUUAUGGACUGUGUGGAAUUCAUUAUAUUGAUGCCGGUUACCUUGGUUACAAGGCCUAUUUCACUGCUCCUCGAAAAGGCACUGUCUGGAGUCUUUCAGGAUCCGACUGGCUUGGGACAAUCGCUGCAGGAGACACGUCCGGAGAGCUCAUUGCAGCUAUAUUGCCUGAUAUGGCAUUGAACCCAAUAACUGUCAAACGGCCUGUAGAGCGAAGAUUUCCUAUAUAUAAAGCAGAUCUGAUGCCAUAUCAGGAUAGUCCUGAAGGUCAAGACCACUCUUCUGCUUCAUCUGGGGCCCUCAACCCUCCAAAGGCUCGAACUUACGCUGAAACAGUCAACCAUCACUACUUGCUCUUUCAAGACACAGAUUUGAGUUCGUUCCACGGUCUGCUCCAUAGAGAACCAAUGCUGCGCAUGCAGGAAGGAGAAGUGCACUCUCGCCUCUGCCUGGACAGGCUGCCGCUGGAGGCUAUUCAUAAGGUGCGUUUCAGCCCAAACUUGGACUCCUAUGGCUGGCUCAUAUCUGGGGGGCAGUCAGGGCUGGUUCGGAUCCAUUUUAUCCGUGGACUCACCUCUCCACUGGGCCACCGUAUGCAGCUUGAAAGCCAAGCCCACUUCCAUGCUAUGUUCCAACCAUCCUCCCCUACUGAAGGGUCUGGCUUCUGUCCAACCAGCCAUUUCCUUCUGCCCAGUCCUUAGUUGUGGUCUACACAGGACCCUUGGAAUGUAGUCUGCCAAGAACAAAUGGCCCCCUUUCACAGACCAUGGGAACUGGGGCCUUCUUGGACAGUGAUGCUGCCAGGUCUGGACCUUUAGACCUGCCUCCCCAGGGCUCCUUAGAUACCUCUCCUUCCAUCGACUUCUGCUGUCAUCACAGCCCCCUGUGGGCAAGGGGGCCUUGCCCUCCACAAACUCUCAAGGCUCUUUAGCCUAAAACUAUGGCUCACAAGAAACACUCAGGCCUGACCUAGGCUUGAGAGUCAAAAUUGCUCAUAUUGAGCAUAUUGUGAAAUGGGUAAAGCUAAGUAAAGGUACUGAGUGUUUUUGAGACCACAUGUGAGUGGAUGUUUGGAGAACUAGAAGGGGUAUCUACACGAAGGCUCCCAGCUUCCUGUUUAGAGUAACAUGCAAGCCCAUGGGAGUGUGGGGAAGAGGUAGUAACUUAUUGGACUGAAGCUGCUUAUAGUACUUUAACUGAGGAACACCACACACGCACUACCAGUAGAACAGUGGCUCAGAUCUUACUUGGUCCUGCUUAGGAAAUAUGCCUAAUCACUGGUCGUCUGACCCUACUCGAACACUCCUAGACAGUCAGAUUUUAAAAUACCUUCCUUUAUAUCCAGCCAGAGAGUAUCCCUCUGUAAGUUUUACCGUGGGUAUUCGGAAAUCUAGUCCUUCUUCUCUUUGAUUUGCCCUUUAAGUAUUUAAUAUAGCUAUCAUGUGUUUCCCAAGUCUUCUCUAGAUUAAAUAUCUUCAGUUACCUUAAUCAUUCUUUUACAAGUCAUGAUUUUUGAUUCUUCAUGAUAAUGUCACAUUGUUGACUUAAUUAAACAUGUUUAGCUACUUUA